GCGCUGAUGAUGCGAGUUCUCGCGGUCGGGGUGGGCAAGGCCCUGCGGGGGUGCUGUUUGACAGCGUUACAUUGAGGCGAAAGAACGGGAAGGGCGAGCGGUACUGUGUAACCUCAAAUUGAAAACACCACGAGGUGAUAGUGACACACAGCCUGGGGCUCGCACUGGCCGCCUUCUGCUUCGCGCCCCAAAACACCAGCCGGCCGAUGGAUCCCCAAGGGCCCUUGGGGCUGGCGGCGAGCCCAUUCCGCAUUCGCGCCGCCACUUCUGGCUCCCUUGCGCCCGCUGCGUUCCUGCGGCGCCGUUAUAAACAUCGGGUCGAGUCGCUGUCUGACCCGCCCCGAGGCUGCAUCACCGUAGCACUGCACACAUCAAAAUCGAUCUUGGUGUUGAAACACCCAUCUUGCACGACAACGAAGCUCACAACCGAUGCGGGUGUGUCUUUGGUUGGAGGUACCUCUAGCUUUGCCACGUGCACCGUCCUUGCUCCAACAGCUCUGACUCGAGCUGCAACCCCGGCCGGCAAAGCUCAACUCCCAGCAACCGCCCAACAACGACGCCAGCGCGUCCUAGCGCUAGCGCCACCAGCAGCGUGCUGCGAGCCCCAGGCGCCGCGGUAUCGUUUCGUGGUUUUGCGCCUUGCUCCUGGCUUGCAGUGGAAGGAGGAGAGCGCACAUCGCCACAAUCGCCGACGCCCUGUGCUGCCCGCGUGCCUCGCCUCGCGCGCGCUGCUGUGCCGCCAUAUCGCAGCGGCUCGACGACCGACCUUCCACAAAGCGCUUGCAAGCGCCGCGCCCACCGCCCACCCAAGCAAGCUGGACCAUCGAAACGCAGGAAACACCCCGAAGCCGCCGCCGAUCAGGGGACGUGGGAAAGAGGCAAGGACGCUGGGCGAACGAGAAGUUGAGGCUGCCGCCUAUCCCAUCCUCCCAGGCGACCCUUCGGCCUCGCAGCCUCUGCCGUCGCGCGGGUCUGGCAGGCACACGUCCGGCUCCUCCUCCUCCUCCUCCUCCUCCUCCUCGAGGCACGGCUCUAGGCCUGGAUCCAACUCAAAAUCGACCUCGCCGCUGCCCUCGCCGAUCGUCAACGACCACCAGCGGGUGGGCUCAUCCAUACCCGGGCCCGACCGCUCGUUCCUCGUGCUCGAUGACCCCGCGCCGCCUCGCACCCCCCGCUACGACCGAGACUCGAUAGUCACCAUCGCCGAGGACCCCUUCCUGAGGCGCUACGCCGAGCCCCCGGGAGAUACGCACGACCCCACGCCGCCCAGCAGCGUCGCUGCCGACGCCGACGCCGACGCCAGCGUUUGGCCGCCUCCUCGCCGCGACUCGCUGACACUGGACGUGGCAGCCGCAGCCGCCGUCGACAGCGAGGCAGCCGCUCCUAAAAACUGCGUCGACAGCCCCCGCACGAGCCCCCACGAAGUCGGCAGAAUGGACUCGGUCAAUAUCGCCGUAGUCGGCGCCAAGGGUGUUGGCAAGUCGGCCUUCAUCCAGCGGGCGCUAAGCCAGACACGGCCGCUGCCGUCCAAUAUCAUGCCCGUCCGGCUCAAGGCCGAGGGCGGCAUGACUCUUUUCGUGACGCUGAUUGAGCUCGAUCUCGAGGACUUUGACGACACCCCGGGAGACCAGCCAAUCCGUUGGCCAACGCACCUCGCCGGCCAUGCAGUGGCUCUGCCGAGGCCUCACUGCGCCCUCGUCCUAUACGAUGUGACGAGCAUGGAUAGCCUGAGAUCACUGCCGCAAAUAAUGGGUGCAUUGGAGAUGAGCAACCUCCCGCGGAUUCUCGUGGCCACCAAGUGCGACAACCCGGAAAGCGCACGCCGCGUCAACACGGACGCCAUCCCACGACACUUUCCUGGCGUUUUGAACCUCAUGACUUCGGCAAACGUGCCCAGCACGGCGAGGGAGUCGCUCAACGCCAUAAUCAAGGCUGCGCUGGGCGCCAAGAUGGGCGGUGAUAAACAAGACGCCACACUCUCCCGAAGGCGAGCUGCCUCCUCGGCCGCGCAUCUCGAGGCUCCCGACUACGUCAACGGCCGACCCCUCAGCCAACACUCCAAGCACAGCCGCGCGAGCUCCGACUUGUCCCUGCUGCGUGGCGUACCCCCGCCCGGUGCCAGCGACGGCUAUCGGGGCCAAUCCAGAUCCCGAUCCCCGAGGAUGGAGCACCCCUCCACGCCACAGACGAGCUCAUCGGCCUUUGGCGGCGGGGCCGACGCCCUCGACGACGGCGGCGGCCUCACCGUUUCCAGUAUGCUGCGCACCCACGGCGGCGUCCGCCUAGACACGGGUCGCGACACCUUCCUCGACGACUCCGAGGCCGAGUCGUACCGCCGGUCGGACGACAUCCCCAUCCUACAACGAAACGACGAGAACUUCCCCGAGCAGCUCGCCAAGCUCAUGGGCGUGAGCUUUGACGACCUCGUCGACCGCCUGCUGGCCCCACGCAUGACGAGGGCUGACAACCAAUUCGCCGAUAUCUUCCUAUGCCUCUACCGCAAGUUCGCGCCCCCGAACGUGCUCUUCUCCGCCAUCCUCGCGAGGCUAGAGAUUGGGAGGGACAAGAGGGACAAGAGGGAAAAGAAGGACGGUCUCUAUCUUGUCGCCAUUCAGUCCCAGCUGCGCAUCGUCGAGGUCGUCGCCCGCUGGGUGCAGCUGUACCCAGGUGAUUUUGCCCGGUCCGCCACGAGGCGCCGCCUCGUGGACCUUGUCGGCCACCUUUCGAUUGAGCCCAUAUUCACGGCCGCGGCCCACCAGAUGCGCUGGUAUCUGGACCACCGCAUCUUUGAGGACGAUGACACAGGAUGGGCCGAGUCGGACGAAGCGGACGAGGCCCCAACAACACUCCCGCAGGACCGGCGGCCUAGCGGCGUGGCGGAAAGGUGCUACGGCACAACCGGUGGCGUCAAUGGCAGCAUGUCGUCGUUGCAGAUCGACGAUGACAGGAGCGGCAGAUCCGCCGCGCAGUUCCAGUACCAUUCGCUCGAGGACUACGUACGGGAGGCGGCCACCAUGUCGCCAACUUCGACGCUGCCACUCAACAAGAUUCGCUACCACAUCUUUUUGGACAAGAACACGGACGAUAUCGCCGACGAGAUGACCCGUAUAGACUGGAUCAUGUUCUCGUCGAUUGGCAUCCGCGACCUGGUCCGAGACGUCAGCCUGACGAUGGAGGAGAAGGAGCGGUGCCGCAGCCUACAGAACGUGAGCAGGAUGAUCAGCCACUUCAACCACCUGGCGCGGUGGGUGGCCAAUAUGAUCCUGAUCCGCGACAAGCCCAAGCACCGAGUGCUGGUUCUCGAGAAAUUUGUGCAGAUCGCGGCCAGGUUGCGUGUGCUCAAUAACUAUAACGGCCUUGCGGCAGUGCUGGCCGGCCUCAACAGCACGUCAAUAUACCGGCUCUCGCAGACGUGGUCGCUGCUGAGCUUAGACUCUGAAAAGCGAUUCAAGUCUCUGUCGAAGCUGAUGGCGACCGAGAUGAGCCAUGCACGGUACAGGCUCGCGUGGGAGAACUCGCCCAUGCCCAAGAUCCCAUACAUACCGCUACACCGCCGCGACCUGGUCUCGGCCGAGAUGGGCAGCCGGACCUUUGUGGGUCCUUUGGGCGAUAGGAUCAACUGGAAGAAGUUUGAGGUCCUGGGCGAGGUGAUGCUGCCGCUCAUGAGGAGCCAGGGCACUCCGUACCCGAACCUGAAGAAAGACGACGGGAGCAGAGAGCUGAUUCUGGACUGCAAGAUGCCCAUCGACGAAGAUGACAUAUACCAGCGCAGCGUGCAGGUCGAGAGCGCCUCGGGCCAGGGCGAGUCGAGCAGGAGAAGAUUCCCGUGGUUGAGUUGA